AUGGCAUUUGUCGGAAACAUAACUCAUGUGAUCUUUGAUUUGGACGGAACCCUCAUUGACACAGAACUCUGGGGUUUGACUAAUGUUAACAAAAUUCUGGCCACUUAUGGUCACUCAUUGUCGCAGCAAACGUACGGCCAAUACAUCGGUUUCACACCUUUUGAUAGGUGUAAACGUAUUAUCGAUGACUUGGCGUUGGAUUACGACAACCAAAAGUUUCUCAAUGAUUGGAUCAACGAAUGCCUUAAGACAGUGACAACAAUACAACUGAUGCCUGGAGUGCGACGGCUUGUGGAGCACCUGUACUCACACGGCAUACCACUGGCCAUCGGCACAGCCGGCAAACGGGCCGAGUAUUACCCAAAGACCGCACAUUUGGAGGACCUGUUUGUUGAGGGAAAGUAUUUCUCACAUGUGGUUCACGGCGACGACAAACGGGUGAAGAGGUCUAAACCAUUUCCCGAUCUCUUCCAAGUGUGCGCUUCACUCUUCACGCCAUCGCCUGAACCCAUAAUCUCUCGGACGCGACAAGUGUUGGCCGACUUUGCGAUGUCGUGCGACGACAACGGAAGGCUUAUAUUGAAACCGAGACAAACCGUGAAGAACACUAUCGAACACUUGAAGAUCUGA